AUGGAGCCCAAAGACGCGCAAGACGGCGAUACUGAGCCGUCCAAGACGAGCUCGUCGCUCGCCAGUCGCCGCCCAAACUCAUUUGUGUACCCAAUUCGAUCGUUACUGAACCCUAUGCGUCCCUCGGGCGGUCAGGACAUUUUGGACACGCUCCUCAGUCCAUCGUUUCAUGCCACCCAGUCGCCCCUCUCAGCUCCAAACGCUCCCUCGUAUUUCACGGCAGAACCAGGCGCCCCUGAAGCAAGCAUCACCCGCCAGUCUAGACAGUCCAUCUCGUCUGAGGAAGGCUAUCAGUUUCGCCAUUUCCCAGCAGAAGACGCUACACCGUCAUUCACAUCUGCUCCUCCAAACAAACGAGCCCGCUCAUUCGAGGACACGCCGCGCUUCUCGCGCGUUGACAAAUCGUCCUUUGUGCCCUACCAAGUACAGGAACUCACAGACUCGGCUACAGGCGAUAAAACUGUCAUCAAAGAAAUACAACUCCAAGCCCCACAACCUACUUUACCGGGAUCGGCCGUAGCCCAGUCGCUCCAGGACGCAGUUGACCACAAUAAGGGAGACUCUGCAGAGGGCUCGGAACAAGGCCAGAGCAGGAACAUUUCAGAGGGCGGUGAUCAAGGGACGAGAAGGGGCAGUCAGAGCUCGAGCAAGCCUCCAUCGAGCGUGGCCACUUCGGAUCACUCUUUUGCAUCUGCGGGCCUCGUUCAUCUGCCCCCCAUCGGCAAACUCGAUGCGCAAAGGCGGACACGAGAAUGGCGGGGAAAAGUCGCCGGCGCGGAAUCCUCUACUCCCAGCUCAAAAUCGCACCCGAGUUCCAAUAUUCCACCUCCAAUUGACGAAGUCGAUGAAUCCACUCCAGAAGGAGAGGUACCACAGCCGAUGCCCGAUGGAGAGACGUCGGGAUCCAAGAAUGAGAGCUUUAGCGUCAAUACCGUCUCGAGCCACCAGUCUGGUCCCGUAGUCACGAUGCGAUUCGAGCAUCGCGAAGACGAAGAUGGCCAUCAUGUACUUGUCGGACGAGAGGGGACACUGACCCGAUGCGAAGACGAGCCCAUUCGUAUCCCUGGUGCUGUACAAGGGUUUGGCGUGCUGAUCGUGCUGCACGACGACGCGGAGACGGGUCAGCUCAAAGUUCGGCAGGUCUCCGAGAACUCGAAAGUUAUUCUCGGCAUGUCUCCAAAAUACCUCUUUGGUCUCGAUUGCUUCACCAAUACUCUCCCACCCUCCCAAGCAGAUCUUUUUUGGGACAAUGUCCAAUUCUUGUCUGAUCCUGAUGCUUCUGACGACGACGAUGAGGAAAUUGGGCCCCAAGUCUUUCUCAUGAGUGGAUGGGGUGAGCCGGGUUCGGCCAUUACAGAGGGCCAGGACGCGGAGAACAGACGACACUGGACAUGCUGGGUCGCAGCCCACCGUCUAUCGCAGAAGAGUCGCAUUCCACAUUAUUUCCAGGAUCCAGCUACAGAAGUCAAGAGAGAACGCAGGCUCAUCGUCGUCGAGUUUGAACUCGAGUCGGACCCAUUCAACCCUCUCUAUCCACUCCCCGGUACGCCCAGCAUUUCGAGGUCGGACGAUUCUUCACCAAUGGCUGAGUCUGGUUCUGGUUCUGCAUCGAGGUCGAGCAAGACGGCAGAGCAAGGAAGCGGGAUAGGGAGCACAGAGGGAACUAUCCCCAGCGAUAGCACGCCCAAGGCUGGAGAUGGCGACACACCUGGCACUACUGUAUCCGUCACUGAGAAUGCCGGAGAUCUGGCGCAAAAGUUGGAGAGAGAAUGGGUCCCUGGCCCCGAAGCGAUUCUUGACAGUACGACGAACCGUGCUCGGCCAUUGAAGUCGCUCGAGCGCAUGAGGCGGCUCAAUCGCACGUCGAGCAAUGUGCUCGCUCCUGGUGCACCGCGGGGCAAUCAAGCGGGGAUCGGGACGAUGGACGUCUUUACGGUGCUCCAGGAGAUUAACGAACAGCUCGGAAAAGCCCUCAGCCUGUUGCAGUUGCUUCAGAUUGUGGUUGGUGUGAUCAAGGAUCUCACGCAGUUUCAUCGCGUCCUGUGCUAUCAGUUUGAUGACUCGUGGAAUGGUCAAGUGGUGGCCGAGCUCGUUGAUUGGGGCGCUACGCAGGAUCUUUAUAUGGGCCUCCACUUUCCCGCUGCCGAUAUCCCUGCUCAGGCACGAGAUCUUUACGCGCUCAACCGCGUUCGAUUGCUCUAUGAUCGUGGACAAUCAACCGCGAGAAUUGUCGUCAAAGAUAGAUCCGACCUGGAGCCUCCAUUGGAUAUGACUCACUGCUAUCUUCGAGCGAUGAGUCCAAUCCAUCUCAAGUAUCUGGGCAACAUGGGAGUACGCGCGUCCAUGUCGAUUUCCAUUGUCGCCUUCCAGAAGCUGUGGGGUUUGAUUGCCUGUCACUCGUAUGGGGACCAUGGAAUGCGCGUUUCAUUCCCAGUUCGUCAAAUGCUCCGUUUGCUUAGUGACUCGAUUUCGCGAAACGUAGAGCGGUUGAGUUAUGCGCAGCGAUUGAGGACGCGAAAAUUGAUUAGUACCGUUCCGACCGACCAGCACCCUACCGGCUAUAUUGUGUCCAAUUCAGAGGAUUUGCUCACCCUCUUUGAUGCCGAUUGUGGCGUGCUGGUCAUCGGAGAAGGCGCCAAGAUCUUGGGUCCGAAUGAACAUGGCCAGGAUAUUCUGUUAUUAGCAGAGUACCUUCGCGUCAAGCAGUUUACUCUUUUGCAAGUCUCUCAGAGUGUAAUGCAAGAUUAUCCCGAUCUCCAGCUUCCUUCGGGACUAGACGUCAUUGCCGGCCUUCUCUACGUUCCACUAUCCAUGACUGGAAAGGACUUUAUCGCUCUACUCCGCAAGGGUCAAGCUGCCGUGGUCAAUUGGGCGGGUAAGCCUCCGGCCAAGGAUGAUGGGACGAUCAACUCUUUACAACCACGGACGUCGUUCAAGGCGAGGAGAUGUCGCGCAUGGACGGACGAACAAUUGGAUACUGCGGCAGUCCUCGCGCUCGUCUACGGAAAGUUUAUCGAAGUCUGGAGGCAAAAGGAGUCGGCUGUACAGAUGAACCAGAUGACAACGCUGCUGUUGUCCAAUGCAUCACAUGAAGGCAAGCCGAUAUAUAUAUCUCGAGGGCGCAUCAUCAAUUACCUCGAACUCUCGCUGGACGGCAAGAAGUUGGAUGAAGAGUUGCGUGAAAACCUCACGCGUUCUUACAAUGCAUCAAAGGCCCUGUUGUUUACGAUCAAUGAUCUCCUAGACCUGACGCGGAUGGAAGCUGGCAAGGAAACCUCGUUCAACGAACCCUUUGAUCUUCACACUGCGAUUCACGACGCGACGCGCGUGUAUCGAGUGGAGGCGAAUCGCAGACAACUCGAGUUUAUGGUCGAUUUAGGAAAUGCCCCUCGGCUCGUUAUUGGCGACUCACGAAAGGUGAAAACGAUUGUCGCAAACCUCACCUCAAACGCGGUCAAGUAUACACAGGCCGGCGCCAUCUCUGUCACCGCGCACACUUUCGAAGAGCCGGAUGGAUUGCGCCACGCGGGCAAUGUAGCAGUCGAAAUCAUCGUCAGCGACACUGGAUGUGGUAUUCAACCUGAAAAGCUCGAAUCGAUCUUCCGAGAGUUUGAGCAAGUUGAUGGCAUGCACCAAUCAAAGGAAAAUAGACCUGGUCUUGGUCUCGGAUUGGCGGUUGUCGCUCGCGUUGUGGAGCAACUUGGUGGACAGCUGCGUGUUGAUUCAAAGCUCGACCAAGGCUCUCGAUUCUCUUGCCUCCUUCCUUUCCCGCUCGCAGACUACUCUGUACGAAACGGAAGCACAGACGGCGACGGAUCUGGGACGAGUGCGAAGAGUGAGAUCGAUAGUUUUGUCGAUGCCAUCUCAAGUAGUCAUAUGAUGGUUCAUGGGCAAGCUUCGAACGCCGGUCCACUACGUCGACCACGCCCAAAGAAAGUGCGGCAGCCGUCGGGCGGUGUGUUCGAGGUCGAGGACUCGAACUAUCCCGUGCGACCGGCAAAAGUGGACGAAUUCGAUAUUGACUACCCACAAACGUCGCUUGUGAGAGUGCCAUCCACAGCGUCUCAUACGCGACGAGUGAGGUCGCAACGGGAUCUACUCGCGAGUGCAAGGCCGUCUUUGAGAAUCUUGGUUGUCGAGGAUGAUCUGAUCAAUGCUCGAGUGUUGGCAAAGCGCCUCAAAACAGACGGCCACACUGUUGAGACGGCGGUGAAUGGCCAACAAGCCGUCGAUCUGAUCAAAGAAGAUGCCGGAUUUGACUGCAUUCUCAUGGACAUUCAGAUGCCGAUCCUCGAUGGCUUUGGGGCAACCAAGGCGAUCCGCGAAAUUGAGAAGAAUUCCCCAAUCGUCGUUCCGCCACGCCCAUCCGCCAUUCUUUGCGGACACAUUCCCAUCUUUGCCGUGUCGGCAUCUCUGCGACCAGAGCAGCGACCGUAUAUGCUUGAGCAGGGGAUGGAUGGUUGGAUCCUAAAGCCAAUCGACUUUAAGCGGAUGGACACAUUGCUCGCCGGUAUCAGUAACCGUCAAGUCCGCAAGGAGAAUGCAUUCAAUCCCGGGUGCGACUGGGAAAAGGGUGGUUGGCUCAGUGAGACGAUUAUCCCGUCCCCAGACUCGAUAGAGACAAGUCCGCAUCCAAAAUCGACCUCUGGAAGCGCUGACAGCAUCAACAAGUAA